UAUCGGUGACAGCCUCUAACCAUUGCGCCACCGGGGCGCCCUGCCGUCGGAAAGGGAGAUUAUUCUUGUCCUCCUCGUGACGUCAUGGCGAGAAUUCAACAGGAAACCGAGCUGUAACUUUGUAGAAAAAUCGAAACAUUCGUUGAUCGCGGAACAGGAUUAAAGUAGAGAGAACAAGAACCGAAGAUGGGCAUUUUUGGACAGAUGAAAAGCAGAAAGAAAUCGCAAAGGCAAAAGAAAGGCAAGAAAUUUAAGCGUGCACAGAAAGCUCAGGUAAAAACACAAGUUAUUCCAGAACUGAUUAUUGAAGAUGCCGAACUGUUGAGCAAGGAAGUCAUUAAAAAUAAACUCAAAAAUCCUAACAACAACAUCAAGCUAUCAAAUAAAAAGCGCAGGAAACUUAUAAAAAGACAACUACAUCGACAGCAUGAACGUGAAAGAGCAGAAGCUGAUGUUGACAUGAAAGAAGAGAGAUCAAAAAGAAAACAAGCACCAAAGGCGUCUUCAUCUACUGCCACAGUAACCAGCAUGGAGACUGAUGACAAUGACACUGUUGAUACCGAUGGUCAGGCCACUGGCACAGAAUAAAUUCACUCACAAGAAACAUGGGCUUCUUUCUUUUUAUGAGCUGGCAUUUAUUAAGUUCUGUAAAAACCUGGGGGAAAUAAUUAAUGUCUUUUUUGUUCCUGAUCAGUUAUUAAAUGAACAACUUAA